AUGGAAGGGGAACGUGAUAGAAUAAGCGACUUGCCUGAUUCACUUCUUGAACACAUCCUCACCUUUCUUCCAACAAAGUAUGUAGUUCGAACCGGUGUUCUAUCAAAGAGGUGGAAAGAUUUAUGGGUUUCACAUCCCUAUGUUUCCUUGAGGGACGACGGGAUCAAUAACCAAACAGUUAAAGUUUCAAAAUUUAUGAACUUCUUGAACAAGAUCCUGCUUCACCCCCAGGCAAAAGUUAAGAAGAUUCAACUUUCAUCCCGAGAAAGACUUGAGUCUCCUGAGUUUAUUAGAUGGUUUCAAGCUGUCAUGAUGAAGGAUGAUCUAGAAGAACUCGAUCUUGGCUUUAGAAAAAUUUAUCAUACACCUCAGAGCAACUUAACUGUAUGCAAUACCUUGGUGAUAUUGAAGCUGGAUUUCGGAGCAUUUUCGGGGAACAAAUUUCCGAAAUCCUUUUGCUUCCCUAACUUGAAGACCAUGCACCUAAAUGGUUUUCUUUUGGCCUACAACUUCCCCAAUCAACUACUGCAAUGUCAAAAUCUUGAAUCUUUAAUCAUUCGCAACUAUAUACUUGAUCUUAUGUCUCAUGGUCUAGUGCUAAAUGGUUCUGAUGAUCAGAAGGAGGUUUUGUCCAAUCUUAGCAAUGCUCAGAUAGAUAGCUGUUACGGGUUCCACGGGGAUGUUAGUGAUCGCUCCUUUUUGAAGAAUAUGAUUAAUGCAGUUUCCAAUGCAAAGGAUUUGGACUUAUCAUUGUCUAUUAUGGAGUACCUUGAUCGAGUGUUUCCAAAUGAUAUGCUUGAGUUCAAUAAUCUUAAGCACAUCAAGCUUUACCUUCGAUCUUCUCAUGUCGGAGCCUUGGGUUACAUACUGCAGAAGGCACCUAACCUUGAAUCUCUUCACAUAGAGUCUGAUGGACCCUACGGUAGUGCACAUGAUGCAUUGAUGCUAGAACUGCUGCGUUCUUCUUGUUCGAGUGCAAACCUGAAAGUAAUCCGAAUGACAAAUUUCAUUCUAGAAGAUCCCGUUCUGGAGCUUGUGCAAUUGAUUUUCGACAGUGCUGGUUCCUUAGAGGAUAUAGUCAUUGAGCUGGAUGCACGACUAGAAAUGAAUAACUUUCUGCAAUGCGAAAAAUUGUUGAAACUUCCAAGAUUAUCCGAGGAUAGUGUACUUCAUCUAAAAUGGGAGUUUGGUUACUCCCCUCAUUACUUUGGUCACUCCCAUAGUUACUACCAUCCUUGA